GCCUCCAUGUUCGGACUUGCCCUCCCUCCUCGACUUGCGAACCCAAUCCGACCAGCAAGUCUCACGUCUCCUCUGGAUGUCCUCCGCUUGAUAUCCCCGACAAUAAUCCCAGGCAUACCCGACCGACAUCGACAUUCUCGGGCGUCCCUACCUUAUCCCGCAUUCCAGCGCCCGACCAAGGACAGCCUCCGCGCUCUGCUACGAUCCACCACGACGGCGGCAGCCUGACAUCAGCUCACCAUGCCCGACGCAUACCCGCCGCCAGACUGGCUCGUCGAGCCGCCGCCGCCCGAGGUCCCGUACGCCCACAAGAAGGCCCCCAAGGACCUGCCCGGCAUCGCGUACGCCCUCCACCUCUUCCUCGCCUCGCACAUGCUCGAGUCCGAGGAGUACUGCAACAAGAGCGACCCCAAGAAGGAGCGGCUCUACUUCGCCACGGGAUAUGGGCUCAUACAGUGUGUGAAGGGCUUGAUGUCAUUCGAGGACGAGGACCUCCUCGCGGCCAUCGGCCAUGUCAAGCACGGCAACGCCGUCGCGCAACAGCACCGCAAGCGCAGCGCCGCGCUCCCGACCCGCCUCGCGGGCCUCGUCAUCGGUGCUCUGAACACGUCCGGCGUCGGCUUCGUCAGGAGCAUGACCGACGUCGAACGCCACGCCGAGCUCGUCUACGCUGAGACCCUCUUCGAGAAGGCCCUCGUCGGCAUCGCCUACUCGGGCGACUGGUUCGCAUUCCUCAAGGAAGCGCUGAACAUGCGCACGGCGUUCAACACGUACCGCCAGCUCGGCCGGUUCCUCGAGGAGGCCGACGCGGCCGCGCCGGGCGGGCUCGACACGGCGGUCGACGCACACUUCCGCUCGGGCGUGUACCUCGGCGUCGGCCUGUCACACCUCAUCCUGUCGAUGAUGCCCACGCGGCUGCUCACGCUCAUCGAGCUCUUUGGCUACCGCGGCGACCGCCAGGUCGGGCUGCGCAUGCUGUACAAGGCCGGCGGCUGGACGCAGGACGCGGACGAGCCGCAGAUCGGGUUCGAGCAGGAGGGCGUGCGCCGCACGAUCUGCGACAUGUCGCUCAUCCUCUUCCACCUCGUCUUCUCCGCGUUCACCUUCGAGGGCGUCGACAUGCGCAUGGCCGAGAAGAUCAUCAACUACAACAUCGCGCGCUACCCGAACGGCGUGUUCUUCCUCUUCGGCCAGGGCCGCCUCAAGCUGUGCCGCGGGCAGCCGCAGGAGGCGCUCGGCUUCUACACGCGCGCGAUGGAAGUGCAGAACCAGUACCGGAACCUGCACCACAUCUCGUUCUGGGAGAUGAGCGUCGCGCACCUCGCGCUCUGGGAUCCUGCCGCGGCGCUCUCGUGCUGGCGCACGCUCUACGCCGAGGCCACGUGGUCGAAGGCGACGUACGCGUACGGCACCGCCGUCUGCCUGCUCGAGGCCGGCGGCGGCGCGGACACCAAGGAGGAGGCUGCGCGCCUGAUGCACGCGGUGCCCGAGCUGCGGCAGCGCAUCGCGGGCAAGUCGAUCCCGCUUGAGAAAUUCGUCGCGCGCAAGGCACGCAAGUUCGCGGCGCAGGGCGGCCGGCUCGUGCUGGCGGGGCUCGAGUUCGCGUACAUAUUUCUCGCGAUCGCGCACGCGCCGCGGGACGUCGUGCGCGGGCGCAUGCUGCCGCAGGUCGACGCGGCGCUCGCGCGGCUCGCGGCGUGCGCGGAAGCGCCCGCGCGCUACGAGGGCGGGCACGGCUACUGGGACGACCGCUGCCUCGCGCACUUCCUCCAGGGCAUCUGUCUGCGGUACCUCGCGCACCCGGACCCGGACGCGGCGGACGUCGUCGAGGAGCCGGCGGAGGCGCGGGCGGACACGGAGGCGCGUGCGGUCGCGGCGUUCGAGGCCGUGCUUCGCGACGCGCCGCAGAUCGAGUACGACCACUACCUGGUGUACUACACGCAUUACGAGUUCGGCCGGCUCCUGGCGUGCAAGGGCGACGUCGCGGGCGCGCGCCGGCACCUCGAGCUCGUCAUGUCCGGCAAGCCGCUCGAGCAGCCGCCCGCGACGCGCAAGGGCAAGUACAGUAUGGAGAACGCCGUGCACAUACGCACGAACGCCGCGCUGGAGGCGCUCGACCAGAACCGGCGGCUGUGACCGCUCUCUUGCCCGCGAUCUGCUACGACCGUAGCUCUCUCGUACUUUCUUUUGUUUACUGCUAGAAUCUUCUCGGGACUCUUUGUGCUGCCUGCCGCGCUUUCAUCUGUGUAAUAUCUCUGCUGACAUUUAUUGUGCGUGCGCACCUCCGUUCGCGUCGUCUGCGCUGAGUUGGAAAGUUUACCAGCCAAUGUGGCCAUUUUUCUUGCUCCAAGUUUGGGACGAUUUUUCAUUUUUUGCUCAUUCUUCUCCUGAUUUACUGUAGUUCUAUGCCAGAUCAAUAGAGUUAGUCCGUAUUCCAUUUGUUUUAGGAGCAC